AUGUUUGCUACUCACAGAAGCAGUUUGACUGACAUGCGUGUUGGGCACGUCGGCCGUCGCCUCAGCCUACAACUGAGUAUUCCUUCCGAACAGAUCCCAAAGAAUGGACCACCGGGUAACAGCGUGCGAAGGAGCAGCAGCAUAAGCAGUGGCAAGUUGCUGUCCCUGUCCUUCAGUGAAAGCAUGCAGAGUGACAUCAACCGUUACCUGUCUGACCAGGGCCUGUACCCUUUGCGGCAGGGUGGGGAGGAACUGGGCGAGAUUAAGAGCCUGCGUGAGGUGCGGGCAGCUGCCCAGCUCAAAAAUCUGGAGGAUUUCUUGAGGACCAAUGGAGUGUCUCUACAGGAGUCUAUCUCAUUCCAGACUGGAAUGAGGUACAGGAACCUUGGGAAAUCUGGGUUACGGGUGUCUUGUCUAGGGCUGGGCACCUGGGUGACCUUUGGUGGUCAAAUCACAGAUGAGAUAGCUGAGCAGCUGAUGACGCUCGCCUAUGAGAAUGGCAUCAAUCUGUUUGACACAGCCGAGGUGUACGCGGCAGGGAAGGCUGAAAUGGUUCUCGGCAGUAUCAUCAAGAAGAAAGGAUGGAGACGUUCCAGUUUGGUCAUCACCACCAAGAUAUACUGGGGUGGAAAAGCAGAAACAGAGAGGGGCUUGUCACGGAAACACAUAAUAGAAGGUUUAAGGGCAUCACUGGAGAGACUGCAGCUAGAGUAUGUGGAUGUAGUGUUUGCUAACAGACCCGACCCCAACACGCCAAUGGAAGGAGAUCCAUUUAACGCUUCAAAAUCAAGAAUAUUCAUCAUCGAAGAGAUAGUGCGAGCGAUGACCCAUGUGAUUAACCAGGGAAUGGCCAUGUAUUGGGGCACCUCCCGUUGGAGCUCUAUGGAGAUUAUGGAGGCGUACUCAGUGGCGCGGCAAUUUAACUUGAUCCAACCCAUAUGUGAGCAAGCUGAAUAUCACAUGUUCCAGAGAGAGAAGGUUGAAGUACAGUUGCCCGAGCUCUUCCAUAAAAUAGGUGUGGGUGCCAUGACAUGGUCUCCUCUGGCCUGUGGUAUCAUCUCAGGGAAGUAUGACAGCGGUGUGCCUCCUUACUCCCGUGCCUCGCUAAAGGGCUACCAGUGGUUGAAGGACAAGAUCCUGAGUGAGGAAGGCCGCCGCCAGCAGGCAAAGCUGAAAGAGUUGCAGGCUAUUGCGGAGCGGCUUUGCUGCACGCUGCCCCAGCUGGCCAUCGCGUGGUGUCUGAAGAAUGAGGGAGUGAGUUGUGUUCUGCUGGGGGCCUCCAGCACUGAUCAACUGAUGGAGAACAUAGGAGCCAUUCAAGUUCUUCCAAAAUUAUCAUCAUCAAUUAUAUACGAAGUGGACAGUAUCCUAGGUAACAAGCCCUACAGUAAAAAAGACUACAGGUCCUAAAAGAAAGUCAGAGACACUGUAUCUACCUGCUUCUUUCUCUGAGCUUUGACUGAAUAAAACAUUGCCACCUGGGACCAGCACUGUCACGGCUCCCGCUGGAAGCUUCAACUAGCACACUACAUGGAGCUUGCUGAUAAUAGCCUGAGAAGAGUAGCUGAACCGCGCAGGCAGAAGGGAAGCAUGCUCACGAUCAAAUCAGCAAUGCCGGCGCAAUAAGCACAAUGCUGAUCCAACCUAUAACAAACCACUGAAAUCAAACGCGCUGGCUCGCUUCCCCCUCCCCUUCAUAUAGUACACAUUAAACAAAAGAGGUGCAGUGUUUUAGGGUUCCAGAGUUUGUACUUAAAUGCAUGAGAUCCAUUUGUCAAUGCAUAAGGUUUUUUCCCCCUAUACUUGAAGGCAUUUUAUGUUAAUAAUCUUUGUCAUAGAUGCUAGUUUUACAUACAUGUGGAAUA